UCCCUCAUUCCCCUUCCGUCAUCACUUCCAAAUAAUAUUCUCACUUUCAAAAAUAAAACACAUUAAUAUUUUUGAUUACUACUCGUAAUUGUGUAACAAAUUAAAUGACUUAUGAUAGUUUAUGCUGCUAAUUACUCAUCUAAGAGCCUCCGCUCUUCUUUCACCUCCGCUUUUGGCUUUCCCCGCCACCGCUACCACCGUUAUCGCCGUCUACGCUAAUCAAAUAUAAACCCAUAACCAUCACUAGGGUGUUCAAAACCCGCUCCAUACCGAAAAAAUUAUUAUUCUUGCUUCUCAAUAUGCCGUCCCCUAAUUCGAGCAGGAACGGCAUAUUGUUUUCUGCUCGAGUAUCGGAGAGAUCGAUGUCCUUCAACGGUAGAACAACCGGAGGUUCACCGGCGGCGGAGAAUCUCCGGCGACCCAAAACGGUGCCGGAUUUGAAAUCGGCGAUGCUAUUUCCCGGCGAAUCUCCGGCGAAUGAAGAGGUUAAGCCCAAGAAAUUGACGAAAGUGUUGUUAAAUGUGACGAUUCAAGGAAGUGUUGGUACUGUUCAGGUUAUUAUUAGUCCGGAAUUUACUGUUAAAGAUUUGAUUUCUGCUGCUCUUAAACAGUAUGUUAAAGAAGGUCGUCGUCCUGUUCUUUCUUCCGCCAUUGCUGAUGAUUUUGACCUCCAUUAUUCUCAGUUUAGCCUUGAAAGUUUGGAUAGGGAAGAGAAGAUUGCAGAGUUAGGGUCAAGAAACUUCUUCCUAUGCAAAAAGAGAAAAGAAGUGGCGGAAACGGCGUCGUCUUGUGCAAAACAGGCUGAUCAAGCUACUAAACUUGCUUCUCCUUGCCCUCCUUGGCUCAAGUUCAUUAGUUUCUUAUUCUAAGAAAAAAAAUUGAGAUAUUUGGUUAUGAAGAAAAUUUUCUAGCCAGAAUCUUGUUUAAGGUGGUCCAAUAUCAUGUUAAAGAAAUUUGGACUAGUAUAUUAUUUUAGAUUUUUUUUUUUUUAUCCUCAAAUAUUUGUUGUUGAAUCUUAAAAUAUUAGUAGAAGUAGUAUUGUACAGUUAGAUUCCUCCACCAAAAAUUAAUCAUAAAAAAAAAAAAAAAAAAAUUAGCUAGAAUAUUAGUCUUAUCUGAAUGUAUGGAUGUUAAUGUCCUUUGAGUAUACUCUGAAUCUGGAGAAUUGCUUAAACACAUGAAACAAAUUGUCAAUUUGUUUGUUGGCAA